AAAAGGUGAGAGAAGCACAACUAGAAUUCACUAAGCCACUAAGACUUGAAUGCAUAUUUUUCUAUCCUGUUUUUUGUUUCUGUUCAUAUAACAAAAGAAAAAGUUGCAUUUUGCCUAUAAUUUGCUGUGAGGCUUUCUGUAUCGAUCUUUAAUUGCAACACUUUAAAAACAGUAAAAAUAAUGCAAUGCCAGCUGAUUAGCAUGGACGCAUCGGAAUACGAUACGAUUUUCUGCUGUUUUAUUUUUUUCAGUGAAACCUGAACACGCUCCUACAUGCAUUCUGCAUCUCUGAAAUAGAUCGUCUCCCUUGUCAUCUGGAUUUAUUUUGGAAGUGCUGAUUUAUGACACUUGAAGCCUGACGGUCGGGUUUGCGGUUAGAUGACGUUACAGAGUCUUGCUAUUUCGGAAGUCGAGUUUCAGUCGCUUUUAUUGUUUGGUUCUGUUUGUACAAGAGACUUUGUUUAAAGAUGAUUUCCUGUGCGGGUCAAACUGAGAGGGCAGUCUGGCUGAAGUUGCUUGGUGUUGGGCUGAUCGUGCUCACAGGGCUGACAGUGAAGUGUGAAGGGGGAAAGCUGCCAGGACAGGACACAGACAGAUUCUGCUACAGACUGACGGAUGUGGUGGAGAUUCUACGCCGCCAUGUGGACUCGAUAAUCGGAGCCCACACAACCACAAAAUGUUUGACUUUCUUGGAUAUAGUACUGCAGUUUGUAGCAGAAGGUGCUGCUGGUGGCCUCAACGUCAUCGCUGUUUAUGUGGCUGAGAUUCUGCGUGCCACUGGAAUGGGUGAUCCUAUAUCCAUCCCUCACUUCACCCCUGCGGGCAUAGCCGGUGCAGCGAAGUGGCUGUUACUGGCGGUGAUUAGCUACUUGCUGCUGUGCGCCGUGUUGCGUUUAGCUGUGACGUUGUUACGGCAGGGAUUCUGGAUGCUGAAGGUCAUCGUGGUCGUGUGGAUCUUCGUUCGGAUCAUCAGUGAUCCCAAAGCUUCCUCUGACACCACGGUUGCGCGUUUGUUCCUGCUAGUGAUGUGCACGGCUGUGUGGAGCGUCGCCACUACGAUGAAGAGCGGGACAGUCCAGACCGGCCUGGAGAGUCGACUGACGAACCUGGAGGCCAGAGUGGCAGCGAUGGAGAAGAGAAAAACAGAGUGAUGAGAAAUUAAAUAAAGGGAUGUGCUUAGAGGAGAUGGAGAGCGAUGGAAGAAAGGAGAAGAGAACUAAAUAGACAUUAUAAGAUAAUAUACAAGAAUAAAUAGAUUUCUGGGGUUACUUUUUAAAAUCUAUGUAAUUUUCUGCUUGGUUUUGUCAACAACUGAAAAUGUUUUUUGUUCAUGUAUUUUAAAGGUGCUUCCUUAACUAAAAUUUACAAACUCACAAACUCUUCACAGGUUUGCAUUUAUAAGUGUCUACACUGGAUUGUGUAAUGCGGUGUGCAAUCACGAAAAACUAAGGUUUUUCAGCUCGGUAGAAAGACAACAUGAUUUCUACUUUAAGCAUAGAUCUGAAAGAAGCUGUGAUGUCAUCGUAAAGUAUUUGUUAUUGUGUCAUUGGGAUUAUUAUGGAAUGGAAAAAACCCCAAAAUAAACUGAGAAUAAAUAAUUUUAGUACA